AUGGCAAUGAAGUUCAUACUUGUAUUUAUCUGUGCGUCACUAAAUUCAGUGACGAGUGUUUUUCAAUGUCCGGGCGAUGGUCACUUUGUCAAUCCAGCAGACAAACAUUCCUAUUAUCAAUGUGCACAUGGUACCCCAUUUUUGAUGCAAUGUCCAGCUUCAUUAGUUUGGAAUCAGCAAGAUCAAAUAUGCGAUUGGAAUACUCCUGCUCCUUCUACUGAUUGUAGCAAUAAAAAUCCAAAGAACUGUCGUGAAACAACGCGAUGGGCAACAGGAGGCACUACCAUUGUUGGUAUCGACAGAGAAUUCGGAUCUGAUGCUAGUCAUGUAGGCUCACCAUUUGGCAUAUUUGUUGACGGUGAACAUGGCUAUGUGUAUGUUGCUGAAACUGAAAAUCAUCGAAUUCAGAAGUUCAAUUUUAAAGCUGUGGGCAGCCUCGGAGUUACUGUUGCAGGUGGAAAUAACGCCGGCAAUGCAUCGAAUCAAUUAAGUUGGCCGUCAGCUGUUUAUGUCGAUAAAAAUGAAAAUGUAUACAUAUCCGAUACCGAUAAUUCCCGUAUUCAAAUGUGGGCAAAAGGUGCAACGAGUGGUGUUACCGUAGCUGGGGGUAAUGGCAAAGGUACCGCUCUGAAUCAGAUAGGUGUUUGUCAAGGUCUUUUUGUUCAUGAAGAAACCAACGCAUUAUUUAUAUCGGACUUUUACAAUGAUCGUAUUGUGAAAUGGAUUCCAGAGAAAGGAGAAGGUAUAAUCGUAGCAGGCACCGGUACUGGAGGUCCAAAGGCAGAUCAACUCAGUGGACCACGUGGUAUCUUUAUAGACAAAUGUGAGACAAUCUAUAUUGCAGAUUUAUGGAACAACAGAAUACAAAAAUGGGAAAAAAAUGCAACGCAAGGCAUCACUGUAGCUGGAGGAAACGGGAAAGGGGUAGCUGGCAACCAGCUGAAUAGUCCGUGGGACGUUGAAGUCGAUCAGUAUGGUAAUAUAUACGUUGCCGAUACCGACAAUAGCCGAAUUGUGAAAUGGGGUCCAAAUUCAACGGUUGGUGUUCAAUUAGCAACUGGAGAUACACCAAUGAUUGGUCGUGGUCCAUUCGCGGAUGUUUUUAGUAUAGGACUUGACAAGGAAGGAGAUUUGUUUACAAGCGAGAAAAGAAAUAAUCGAAUUCAACAAUUUAACAUCAUGCCAGAAACGAAUAAUUGUUGA